CGUAUAUCGGUAGCAUUGGCUGAACAGCUGUUUUGCAUUUACUAUUUUACUUGCCGGUUAUAAUUUAUUCGCUUUAAGUAAUUUAAUAAGUUAAAUGAACACAAACUAUGAAUAAAGCAUCGCGUCUUUUUUGGCCCACUUUGGUGACACCAAAAAAUGCGGUGGUCAAGCAAACGGAACAGUUGUCGCGCAGUCAAAAGUUAUUAACAGAACUAGGUCUAGUGAAACCUGGCAGCAAUGGCACUUAUCAGAUCAUGCCCAUUGCCCAGCGUGCCAUCGACAAAUGCAUCCAACUGGUGCAGAGUAAUAUGCAAGCGGCGGGCGGCCAAAAGAUCAGUUUGCCUGUCCUAACACCUGCUCAACUGUGGAAGAAGACGGGACGCUUGGAGGGCGACAUUUCCGAAUUCUAUAUGCUGCGUGAUCGCAGCGGCAAACAGUUCUUAAUGAGUCCAACUCAUGAGGAGGCGGUUACCGCAAUGCUGGCAAGCACAGCGCCGAUUUCGUAUCGCCAGCUGCCGCUGCGUCUCUAUCAAAUUGGACCCAAAUUUCGGGAUGAGCUAAAGUCACGCUUUGGCCUUAUGCGCGCCAAAGAAUUCCUUAUGAAGGACAUGUAUAGCUUUGAUGUCUCAGCCGAAGAAGCUGCUCAAAGUUAUGCAACUGUUACGGCUGCAUACGAACGGUUCUUUAGGCAGCUAGAGGUGCCAUUUGUGCAAGUCGAGGCAGCUACAGGCAUGAUGGGUGGCAGCCAAUCGCAUGAGUAUCACUUCAUUUCCCCCGUUGGCGAGGAUACGUUGCUGCAGUGCAGCAAUUGCAGCUAUGCCGGCAAUGUGGAAGUCUUUGGCAGCGACACUGACGCACCCAGCGCUUGUCCCAAAUGCCAGAGUUCGCAGUUGAGCCGCGUGCGUGGCGUGGAAGUGGCACACACUUUUCUGCUGGGCGACAAGUAUUCCAAACCUUUGGGCGCCACGUUCCUCAACACAACGGGCAAACCAGAGACGCUCAUCAUGGGCUGCUUUGGCAUUGGCAUAACGCGUGUCGUAGCCGCUGCGCUCGAGGUGCUGUCUACGGAACAGGAGCUGCGCUGGCCUAAGUUGCUGGCUCCCUACGAUGUCUGUGUAAUUGGCCCCAAGGCUGGCAGCAAAGAACAGGCGCCAGCGGAGCGCAUAGAACACGAAUUGCUACAACUGACGCAGAUUUGUGGCGCUGAGCAGCUGCUGCAUGACGAGCGCAAGGAGCUGACCAUAGGCAAGCGUUUGCUAGACGCCAAGCGUCUGGGACAUCCGCUCACAAUUGUGGUGGGCGCCAAGGCGACACAGGCAGAAGCACCUAAGCUGGAGUUGCAUACGAGUGGCGGUGAGAAACAAGAACUCGAUGUGGCGCAAGUGCUGCAGCUGGUGGAUAGCCAUGAGCGACACAAGCAGCAGUUGCUAGAGGGAACAGAGCAAACAGACACAAAAAGAAGUCAACGAGUUGGUCAUGUGCAUUAG